AAACACUUACCGGAAGUAUGUCUACAGUGCGUCCAACUUGACCGCUAGUUAAGUCACGUUAGUUUCUGUGUCAUGACUUUAGCUCUGGGAUGAGUUUUCAGACAUCAUAAUGCGGCGUUACGUACGCGCACUGCUCUUGUGCACGGUGUUCGCCGUGUUCUCGGGUCUUUACGUGUACAGUAAGCUGUUAUACUCGGAUGUGUCGGUCGGAGGAAACGGAGCGAGGGUCUUCAUCCCACCGAGAGGUGCCGGAGUCAAGCGAGGGUCUGCGGACAAAAGUGGGCCCCCGAACACCCACUUGUACCACAGGUACAUAAUGCGUCAGCACAGUCAGGGUGAAGCUGCUGGGAACAGCAUUGGGAUCAAAAGCGAGCCUGCCAUGCACCUGGCCGUGGUGGCCUGUGGGGAGAGGCUGCAGGAGACACUCACCAUGAUCAAAUCUGCCGUGCUUUUCAGCAUCAAGUUCCUCCACCUGCACAUCUUUGCUGAAGAUCAGCUGCACGACAGCUUCACGGAAGCUUUGGAGUCGUGGCCUCGUUUCAUUCGCCGUAAGUACAACUACUCCAUCUACUCCAUCAGCUUCCCCAGUGAGAAUGCAGCUGAAUGGAAGAAACUCUUCAAACCCUGUGCCUCUCAGAGGCUCUUCUUACCUCUAAUCCUGAAGGACGUCGACUCGAUCAUAUACGUCGACUCAGACAUCCUCUUCCUCCAGCCCGUAGACCACCUGUGGGCGUUCCUGUCCCAGUUUAAUCCUUCCCAGCUGGCCGCCAUGUCCCCAGAGCACGAGGAGCCCCGGAUUGCGUGGUACAACCGCUUCGCCCGGCAUCCCUUCUACGGCAGAACAGGCAUCAACUCAGGGGUCAUGCUUAUGAACAUGACGAGGAUGAGGAGCGCUUUCUUCAAGAAUGAUAUGACAUCAGUGGGACUCCGCUGGGAGGAGUUGCUGAUGCCGCUGCUCCAGAAGUACAAACUCAAUAUAACCUGGGGAGAUCAGGACCUUCUAAAUAUCAUCUUCCACUAUAACCCUGAGUUUCUGCUGGAGUUUCCUUGUAAGUGGAACUAUCGCCCGGACCAUUGCAUCUACGGCAGUAACUGUGCCUCAGCGGAGGAGGACGGCAUCUACAUGCUACACGGAAACAGAGGGGUUUACCAUGACCACAAACAACCGGCUUUUAAGGCCGUUUACGAGGCCAUAAAACAGUACCCCUAUGGCUCAGACCCAGUUACGUCCUUGUUGGAUCCUUUGGAAGAGGAGCUGUUGAAGACGACACACACAUACUGCGGAAAAUCACACACGCUCUUCACUAAGAGACUUGCUCUGAGUUUGGCGGACGUCAACAGGAAACCCCCCUCCGUGGAUCGUGACGUUAAAGAGGACGAACGUUUAAAAGUUUUCACAAGAAAGUGAACUAAACGAUCGACUGGGCUUUUCUCUCUUGACCAGCACUUUUUCUUCGUGUGUGUAUGUAUGUGUGUGCGUGCCACAGGAAAACAGAGCAGCUUGGUAAACAAGCUACCUGACAGAGUUAUUGAACCGUACCACUUUGAAACAGAAGACAGCCGUAACGAGAAGCUUUGAGAUUCUUUCUCAAGAAUAGCUGCUUUGAAGCUGAAUAAGCCAGCUGGGAUUGUGUCAGCGUGAGGCUAAUAAUAACUGCUCACCUCUCGUAAAAUCACUCUGGAGACGAGUAUGAUGUAAAUCUCUGAAACCUGCAGGAACCGGAUUGCCGAAUGUACACGCAAAGAACAUGUGAGUUUAUUACAACAACAGUACUCUCAGAUUUUAUAGGAGUUUAUUCUUAACAUGCUUUUGGUUUCGGAGUUAAGCGUAGUGAUGUUGGCCUUUCCAUAUUGGAGAAUGUGAUGGGUUUGUAUCAUACCUUUUAUUUUUCCCUUGGGAAAAUUUGUGAAACACUUUAAAAGGGGUAUAUAAAAAUGGGAGAAAUGUCUUUCUGCAUGGCCCAGGUUUGAAAAAUAGAAAUAAGUUUCAACUUUAGGAUAUUAUUUUUGUCAAGAGCCAAAACAUUAUCACUUAAAACUUUUAUCAGACUAUUUUAAUCACGAUAAAUACACAACAGCAUGCCAAAACGGAAACUUUUGACCCACAACAUAGAAUAUAUUUUAUGCCACAAUAAUAAUUGUUGUUGCAGUCUUUGUUUUUAAAUCCAUGCUCUUAUUUAACUUUAGAUAAACAAACUUUGACUCUCAAACGGCUGAGAAUGUGCAUGUAUCUGUAUCCAUUAGCAGACAGGUGCUGGAUGUGUUACCUUAUAAUGCCAAAGAUUUAGUUUGCUUAGUUUUUUUCUGCACAACUGAAUGUCUUUGUUGUUGCAAUAGUUGGUGUUUCUGCAAUGAAAAGUUGUGAUUUUGUGUCUGUUUUCUUGUUUCUACAUAAAAAAAAUCAUUUCAA